ACAGAAGGUCCGCAAAGUUGUGAAGAUGUACAAGUUCUUGGGGUUGAUUGCCUUAGUGGCUUUGCCUAUCGUUUGGAUCCAGGCAGACUGCAACGUAUGCCAAUCAAAUCACGCAUCCUGCAUCAAUCAAACCGCAUAUAAUCUUUGUUUCGGUGGCACUGAGCCGGUUACCAACCAGACCUUCAUCUGCACGGAUGGACUGGUGUGCACGGAUCAGCCUGUGAUAUGUUUCCAACGAAGUCAAACUCCUGCCAGUUGUGGUGAUACGGACAGCUGUGGCCAGUGUGCUCCCAAUUACACCUUUGCAUGUACCUCGCGAUCCACAUUCGCCUUUUGCUUUGGCGCCUUAACGCCCACAAAUGUCACAGGAAGCUGUCCUGAUGGUUAUUUUUGCGACGCGUCCACCCAGGAGAUCUGCGUUACCACGGCAACUGAUGACUCUAUCAUUUGUCACUUGAACUAA